AUGGAUGUCAUAGGACCAAUUCAACUAGCUGCGUCAAACAAACACCAUUUCAUUUUGGUCGCCAUAGACUACUUCACCAAGUGGGUGGAAGCAGCAUCUUAUUCAUCGGUGACAAAGAAAGCGGUGACAGACUUUGUGCGCAACAACAUCAUAUGUCAAUUUGGCAUCCCAGAAUCAAUCAUAACAGACAAUGGGGCUAAUCUGAAUAGCCACUUGAUGAAAGACAUGUGUGCGCAGUUCCGAAUCACUCACCGAAAUUCAACCGCAUACCGACCACAAAUGAAUGGGGUUGUAGAAGCCGCCAACAAAAACAUCACGAAAAUCCUCCGAAUGAUGAUUGAUAACUACAAAGACUGGCAUGAACAAUUACUUUAUGCAUUACUGGGAUACUGCACUACUAUCAGGACUUCAACUGGAGCCACUCUGUACCUGCUGGUGUAUGGUACUGAAGCAGUAAUACCAACCGAAGUAGAAAUCCCUUCACUUCGAAUAAUACAAGAAGCUGAGUUGUACGAUGCGGAAUGGAUCCUCAAGAGGUAUGAGAAACUGGCUCUGAUAGAUGAAAAGAAGAUGAUUGUUGUUUGCCAUGGUCAACUAUACCAACAAAGGAUGGCGCGAGCUUUCAACAAACAUGUGAGAACUAGGUUGUUUCAAAUCGGGAAAUUGGUGCUCACAAGAAUAUUCCCUAAUCAAGAAGAAUACAAAGGAAAGUUCGCACCAAAUUGGCAAGGCCCCUAUAUGGUACGAAAGGUACUAUCAGGAGGAGUUGUAGUGCUUGCUAAAAUGGAUGGUCAAGAGUGGCCAAGAGCAAUAAAUUCAGAUGCCAUCAAGAGACACUACGUGUGA